GCCCCAUAUUGCACAAGUCAUCAAAGUCGCACUCCAGGAGCUCGAAUGGAAGGCCCAGCAUCCACCUCUCUCCGGGCCCCAUACUGCACAAGUCAUCAAAGUCGCACUCCAGGAGCUCGAAUGGGAGGCCCAGCAUCCACCUUACUCUCCGGGUAUUGCGCCUACGGACUACCAUCUUUUCCCCUCGCUUUCGAAUCACACGGGGACUGUUAUAUUCCAGAAUUAAGAAGACCUUAA